AUGUCGUCCUCCGUGACCCAGAACACUCACGGGGACUCACCUCGCCGCCAGGCUAGCUCAGGCAGCAGCGAGAAGGGGGGCACAACCGGGUCGUCCUCGACCAGGCAGCGGAGAAAGUACGGCAUGCCCGUGGGGCAUGUAGACGCGGAGGUGCUCAGGUCAAGACUAGUAUCGGUAGCACCGGCUCAGUGUCGUGGUAACCCAGACGCUCUGGUGUUCACACACUCUACCAGGGCCCAAGAACGCAGGAGGGCGGGUCAAAAACCAAUGCUGCUGGAGAUACUGCCCGUGUUGAAGAAGUACCAGGACCAGAAGCACCCUGAGUUCAUCUACAAGCAGAACCGGGAGAGGCUGAUCCAGUCAGGCUGGAAGCCCCCCACAGCCUCUCCCCUUGGGGUGGCGUGGCAGGACGAGCCCCAAGAGAGCUCCAGCCUGCACCUUCCUGAGCUGCCCGUGCACGUCAGGGACAAACAGGUGCGUCAUGACCAGAGCGCGCUCUGUGGCCCCACCCCCCCCAAACGCCCCCGCUCUGCCAAGACCCCCUCCGGCGCUCCUUUCCGCCACAGCCCCUCUCUCGGGGAGUCCGCUCAGCCCCUCCAGUUCGACUCGGCCGAGGAGGUGGUCCGUGCCAACAUCCGCUCCCCCGCUGACAUCGUCCAGGUCAUCAGAGACAACCCCCACCUAGGCUUCCUGUACAUGACCUCGGCAGUGCCCAAGUCCUCCAUCAAAUAUGACGCCUACAACCUCAAGAUCGUGACGUAUGAGAACAUCAACAAGCAGGACUACUACAUCGUCAGCCAGCAGGGCGUGACCUCCAUGUGCGACGGCCAGGUGGAGUUUGUGCCCCUGGAGCGCUGGCAGCAGGAGUACCAGCGGCAUCGGCGCCUGCUGCGCAUCCCCACCUUCGUCCUCUUCAGGAAGUGGAAGGCGUUCCGCGUGUGGAGGACCAACGUGCGCUCCAAGAAGUUCAACAAGUGCAAGAAGUCUCUCCGGGAGCGCCUGUUCAUCGUCAACGAGUCUUUGCGUCCUGCUCUGAUCCACAUCAGGGAGAUGUGCUACAGGAUCAGUGACAUGGGCCUGUGCUGCAUUGACAAAGAGCACACGUACACUCUGGAGGACUUCCAGGAGGCCCAGUACAAACAGCUGCAGGAGGUAGCGUCUCGUUUAAAAGAUUUCAGAGAACUGGUAAAGGAGGUGACCAUGAGUGCGUGUCGCACGACCAUGCUGGAAGCAGGAUACACACCUGACUACAGCAGCUAUGAUGGAGGUGAGGAGACAGAGAGUAAGCCUUCUCCUGAGAUGGAUGUGUUUGAGGAGGAUGCAGAGAAGAUGAGCUACACAGAGCAGGCCAACAAAAGAUACCACUGCAGACGUCUCACCUGUUUCGUCCGACUGGCAGACUACCUGAUAGUGAACACCAUGCAUAUCCUGGUGGUCAACUCUGUGGCCGGGCUGCUGGCGGUGCUGCAGGAGCAGAUCAGCUGCACCCCCACGCACGCUGUCAUCCACAGCUGGGCUGACCCCGACGCUGGAGCCGCCGUCCCCGAUGCCAGGAGCAACAUCGCCCCUCCCCUGCAGCCCAUGUUCAUGUCCGAGCUCAUGCUGGAGACCCACGCUCUGACCUACGAACCCUCCCUCGACCAGUUCCAGGAGUGUGUAGCAGAGAUCAUCUCUCAGUUCCACGAGACGGUACUCUCCCUGGAGACGUUGGUCCCUGACUCGUACUUUGAUGCCUUCACUCAGCCCAUGAUCAGUAACAAGAUAGAGGAGAAGGUGUGCGGAGAUGGUCCCAGUCUGGAGUCCAUGCUUGAAGAUGACAAACACCUCACGACCAUCGUGCUCAACAUCAAGCAAUCGCUCCAGUUUGCCUUUGACUCGGCCAGCGUGUACGCACGCACCUUCGAGCGCUUCCGUCUCAUCUACCGGGAGAACGAGAGCCUGGACCUGGACAACCUCCGGGAGCAGGACCACGGGGUGGCGUUCUUUGCGGAGAGCCUGGAGAAGUACCACCGGGAGCAUAAGGAGGCCCUGGCCAUCAAGCAGAAGAGACACCUGGGCAUGCUGCUGGUGGACACCACCCAGCUGAAGGGCAAGCUCAUCCCCUCCCCCCUCAGGUGUCUGGAGGCCAUCAACGACAUGCUCCCCCUGCUGGCUAAGAGGAAGAUAGACGCCGUCAUCGCCGAAGCCCAGGACGCCCAGUUCAAGCUGGAGUUCGGCCCCACGGCGACCACCGAGUUUGUCAACUCCCUCACCUUCCUGGAGGAGGUCCAGGAGAGGAUCGUGGUGCUGGACCAGCAGACAGAGACCGUGACUGAGAUGUACAAGCUGAUUGGCCUGUACUCCGUGCCCACGCCCCCCGAGGACUUUGCCGUGUACGCCACGCUCCACCCCUCCAUCACCUCGGUGAAGAACGCCAUCGACAAGGCGGUGGGCGAGAGGGACGCCAACGUGGACAAGUUCUGCAGCCACCUGCAGAAAGACAUCACCGAGCUCAACCUGGAGGUCAGGAGGGUGCAGCAGCAGGCCCAGGACCGUCAGAUCCUGGACAUCGAGGCAGAUCGGCCCAAGCUGCGCCUGCUGCUGAAUGAGAUCCAGAUCUCCAUAGACGAGCUGCAGGCCCAGGCCUUCACCUACAGGUCCUACCAGAAGAACUUCAAGGUGGAGGUGACCAAGUACGAGGCCCUGGAGGAGCUGAGUGCGGAGGUCAAGCUCAAGCACCUGCUGUGGGACUCUCUGGAGGAGUGGGACCUCCUGCAGGCUGGAUGGAUGGAGUGUAAGUUUGAGGAGCUGGACCCAGAGCAGCUGAGCAUCCAGGUCAACAAGUACGCCAAGUCAGUGAAUCAGCUGGAGAAGGGCCUGCCCCCCAACAACGUGGUGCCCCACCUCAAGGAGAAGGUGGAGGCCAUGAGGGAGAAGUUGCCGGUGGUGACGGACCUGCGUAACCCGUGUCUGAAGGGCCGUCACUGGGAGAUGCUGGAGGCUGUCGUAGAGGCCAGCCUCACUGAGGAGCCUCUCACUCUGGCCUCACUGGAGCAGCUCAACAUCUUCCACUACACCGUUGAGAUCCAGGAGGUGUCUGGCCAGGCCUCAGGAGAAGCUUCCCUCGAGACCAUCCUCAAGAAGGUGGAGGACUCAUGGAAGACCACCGAGUUUGCGGUCCUCUCCCACCGGGAGACCAAAGACGUCUUCAUCCUGGGAGGGACGGACGACAUCCAGGUGUUCCUGGAUGACAGCACCAUUAACAUGGCCACGGUGGCAUCGUCGCGCUACGUGGGACCCAUCAAGGCCAGAGUAGAUGACUGGCAGAGACAGCUGGCCCUGUUCAGCCAGACCCUGGAAGAGUGGUUGACGUGUCAGCGUAACUGGUUGUACCUGGAGAGCAUCUUCAGUGCCCCGGACAUCCAGAGACAGCUGCCCGCUGAGGCCAAGAUGUUCCUGCAGGUGGACAAGUCCUGGAAGGAGAUCAUGAGGAAGGUCAACAGACUGCCCAACGCUCUGAGGGCCGCCACACAGCCCGGUACACACACACUCCUGUCUCUGAAGAGGGAGAACCCUCACCUAAGUGAGGACGUGGUUCUGAUCCGGGCCCUGAGAGAUGCUAACCUGCCCAAGUUCCUCACAGAUGACACUGUUCUGUUCAGCGGUAUCCUGUCUGACCUGUUCCCUGGGGUGUGUAUCCCGGAGCACGACUACGGCAUCCUCCACUCCACCAUCCUGGAGUCACUCACGCUCCGCAACCUGCAGCCGCUCGCCACCAUGACUAACAAGGUCAUCCAGCUGUAUGAGACCAUGAUCGUGCGUCACGGCGUGAUGCUGGUGGGCCCCACGGGCGGGGGCAAGACCACGGUGUACACCGUGCUGGCCGACACCCUGGAGACCCUCCAUCGCCUGGGCUACGGCGCCAACAACCCCUUCUACCUGCCCGUCAAGACCUACAUCCUCAACCCCAAGUCUGUCACUAUGGGGGAGCUGUACGGAGAGGUGAACAUCCUGACCCUGGAGUGGCGGGACGGCCUGAUGGCCCUGAGCGUGCGCGCGGCGGUCAACGACACGAGCGAUGACCACAAGUGGAUCGUCAGCGACGGGCCGGUGGACGCCCUGUGGAUCGAGAACAUGAACACGGUCCUGGACGACAACAAGAUGCUGUGUCUGGCCAACAGCGAGAGGAUCAAGCUGACGCCCUCCAUACACAUGGUGUUUGAGGUCCAGGACCUUGCGGUGGCAUCCCCAGCCACAGUGAGUCGAUGUGGGAUGGUCUACAUCGACUCUGAGGAGCUCAAGUGGACCCCCUACGUCAAGACAUGGAUCACUAGACUAGGCAAAAAGUUCCCAGAGAGGGUGCGUGCCUACCUGCUGGAGCUGUUUGACCAGUACGUGGAGCGCGGCCUGCAGUUUAUCCAGCGACGCUGCGUCCAGGCCAUGGGCCAGGUGGACAUCAGCAAGGUCACCUCCCUCUGCUGCCUGCUGGAGGCUCUGCUGCUGGGCAGCGGGGGCCCCGACCUCGGCAUGGAUGCCAAGCACCUCAACAGCGUGGUGUGCCAGACUUUUGUGUUCUGCUACCUGUGGUCUGUGGGGGGCAACGUGACGGAUGACUACUGGGACGCCUUCGACAGCUUCGUCCGCCAACAGUUUGAGGACAACAGCGAUGCCAAGCUGCCCAGCUCGGGGGACCUGUGGAGCGUGUACAUGGACUUCUCCACCAAGCGCCUGGAGCCGUGGGAGAGGGUGAUCCCUGCGUUCCGCUACGACCGCGAGCUGCCCUUCUUCGAGAUGCUGGUGCCCACCACCGACACGGUGCGCUACGGCUACCUGAUGGAGAAGCUGCUCUCCGUCAGACACUCAGUGCUCUUCACCGGGAUCACCGGCGUGGGCAAGUCGGUGGUGGCGCGUGGCCUGCUCAACAGCAUUCAGGAGAGGGAGGGCUACGUCCCCGUCUACAUCAACUUCUCUGCCCAGACGUCCUCAGCACGCACACAGGAGAUCAUCGAGUCCAAACUGGAGAAGAAGAGGAAGAACAUCCUGGGUAGCCCGGGUAACAAGAAGAUAGUGAUCUUUGUGGACGACCUGAACAUGCCCAAGUUGGACACCUAUGGCUCUCAGCCCCCUAUAGAGCUGCUCAGGCAGUUCCAGGACUUCCAGGGCUUCUACGACCGGGAGAAGUUCUUCUGGAAGGAGAUCCAGGACAUGACCAUCGCGGCGGCGUGCGCCCCGCCUGGGGGCGGCCGGAACCCCGUGUCCCCUCGCUUCAUCCGUCACUUCAGCAUGCUGUGUCUGCCCACGCCCUCGGAACACUCCCUCAAACAGAUCUUCAAGGCGAUCCUGGGAGGUUUCCUCAGUGACUUCACCCAGGCUGUGAGGAGCUGUACGGCCAGCAUCGUGGACGCUGCCGUGGAGAUCUACCAGCGCAUGAGCGUGGACCUGCUGCCCACGCCCGCCAAGUCCCACUACGUCUUCAACCUCCGAGACCUGUCCAAGUGUGUCCAGGGUAUGCUUCAGUGUGAGUCAGGGACGGUGCGUGACCAGAACCAGGUGUUCAGGCUCUUCUGUCACGAGUGCCAGCGUGUCUUCCACGACCGCCUCAUCAACAACGAGGACAAAACCUACUUCAACACCAUGGUGUCGGAGAUGGCCACCAAAUACUUUGGCUUCAACUUGGAACCCUCGUACUUUGUGACCAAGCCGAUCAUUUUUGGAGAUUUCAUCAAGGUGGGGGCUGAGAAGGCUGACCGGCUGUAUGAGGACCUAACAGACCCAGACAAGAUCCGCGGCGUGCUGCAGGACUACCUGGACGACUACAACCUGACCUUCUCCAAGGACACCAAGCUGGUCUUCUUCCAGGAUGCCGUGGAACACGUAUCCAGGAUAGCGCGCAUGAUCCGCCAGGAGCGCGGCAACGCCCUGCUGGUGGGCGUGGGCGGCACGGGGAAGCAGUCCCUGACGCGGCUGGCGUCGCACAUGUGCGGCUACCGCUGCUUCCAGAUCGAGCUGAGCCGCGGCUACAGCUACGACAGCUUCCACGACGACCUGCGCAAGCUUUACAAGAUGGCCGGCGUGGAGGGCAAGGACAUGGUGUUCCUCUUCACCGACACACAGAUCGUGGUAGAGGGCUUUCUGGAGGAUGUAAACAACAUCCUGAACUCGGGCGAGGUUCCCAACCUGUUUGAGAAGGAUGAGCUGGAGUAUGUUCUGGCUGCUACGCGACCCAAAGCCAAGGAGGCUGGAAUCAACGAGGGCAACAGGGACGAGGUGUUCCAGUUCUUCAUCUCCCGGGUGCGUGAGAAGCUGCACAUCGUGCUCUGCAUGAGCCCUGUGGGCGACGCCUUCAGAUCCCGCUGUCGGAUGUUCCCCUCCCUGGUCAACUGCUGCACCAUCGACUGGUUUGUCCAGUGGCCUCGUGAGGCUCUCCUCUCUGUCUCCCAGACCUUCUUCAGGAACGUGGAGUUCGGCAGCGAGGCCAUGAAGCAGAGCUUCUCAGAGAUGUGCGUGGAGAUCCACGUGAGCGUCACCGACAUGGCCGAGCGCUUCUACUCAGAGCUGCGGCGCCGCUACUACACCACGCCCACCUCCUACCUGGAGCUCAUCAACCUGUACCUUACCAUGCUGGGGGAGAAGAGGCUGCAGCUCGUGGCUGCCCGUGACAGAGUCAAGAACGGCCUGACCAAGCUGCUGGAGACCAACGUGCUGGUGGACAAGAUGAAGGUGGACCUGUCUGCCCUGGAGCCCGUCCUCAAGCAGAAGUCCAUCGACGUCAACGCCCUCAUGGAGAAGCUGGCCGUCGACCAGGAGAGCGCUGACACGGUGCGUAAAGUGGUGAAAGAGGACGAGGCCCUGGCCAAGGUGAAGGCCGAGGACACCCAGGCCAUCGCUGACGACGCCCAGCGGGACUUGGACGAGGCUCUGCCGGCGCUGGACGGAGCCAACAAGGCCCUGGACGCCCUGGACAAGGCUGACAUCUCAGAGAUCAGGGUCUUCACCAAGCCCCCCGACAUGGUCAUGACUGUCAUGGAGGCCAUCUGCAUCCUGCUAGGCAGCAAGCCAGACUGGCCCAGUGCCAAGCAGGUUCUGGGCGAUUCCUACUUCCUCAAGCGUCUGAUGGACUACGACAAGGACAACAUCAAGCCGCAGAUCCUGCAGAAGCUGCAUAAAUACAUCAGCAAUCCAGACUUCAUCCCAGAAAAGGUGGAGAAGGUAUCCAAGGCCUGCAAGUCUAUGUGUAUGUGGGUCCGGGCAAUGAACCUUUACUCAAGGGUCCUGAAGGAGGUUGGACCCAAGAGAGAAAAGCUGGCCGGAGCACAGGCGGAACUGGACGCCACCAUGUCCACUCUCAGGGCGAAGCAGGCACAGCUGCAGGAGGUGCAGAACCAGAUCAAGAUCCUCCAGGACCAGUUUGAAAGCAGCGUGGCAGAGAAGGAGGGCCUGGCUAAGACCAUGGCGCUGACGGAGGCUCGCCUGGGGAGGGCGGGGAAGCUGACGGCUGCCCUGGGGGACGAGCAGGUGCGCUGGCAGGAGAGCAUCACCCUGUUUGAGCAGGAGAUCAACAACGUGGUGGGCAACGUGUUCAUCGCUGCUGCCUGCGUGGCCUACUCCGGGGCCUUCACCUGGCACUACCGCCAGCUGCUGAUUGAGCAGUGGAUGGCGCGCUGCCUGGAGCUGGACAUCCCCAUCAGCGCCAGCUUCAGCCUCAUCAACAUCCUGGGUGACGCCUACGAGAUCCGCCAGUGGAACGCCGACGGGCUGCCCCGCGACUCCGUCUCCACAGAGAACGGCAUCAUGGUGACCCGUGGCCGGCGCUGGCCCCUCAUGAUCGACCCCCAAGAUCAGGCCAAUCGCUGGAUCCGCUCCAAAGAGACCAAGAAUGGACUGAAGGUGAUCAAGCUGACGGACUCGGGCUUCCUGCGGACACUGGAGAACGCCAUCCGUAUGGGCAUGCCCGUGCUGCUGGAGGAGCUGAAGGAGACGGUGGACCCGGCCCUGGAGCCCAUCCUGCUGAAGCAGACGUUCGUGUCGGGGGGGCGCACCCUCAUCCGCCUGGGAGACUCUGACAUCGACUACGACAAGAAGUUCAGGUUCUACAUGACCACCAAGAUGGCCAACCCCCACUACCUUCCUGAGGUGUGUAUCAAGGUGACCAUCAUCAACUUUACUGUGACCAAAUCUGGGCUGGAAGACCAGAUUCUCAGUGACGUGGUGCGUCUGGAACGCCCAGACCUGGAGGAACAGAGGAACCAGCUGAUCGUGCGCAUCAACGCCGACCGCAACCAGCUGAAGGCCAUCGAGGACCGCAUCCUCAAGCUGCUGUUCCACUCCAAGGGAAACAUCCUGGACAACGAGGAACUGGUGCAGACCCUCCAGGAGUCCAAGGUGACGUCAGAGGCCAUCAAGCAGCGUCUGGAGGAGGCCGAGGCCACGGAGCUGAUGAUCAACGCCGCCAGGGAGCGCUACCGCCCCGUGGCCACGCGCGGCUCAGUCAUGUACUUUGUCAUCGCCAGCCUCUCUGAGAUCGACCCCAUGUACCAGUUCUCCCUCAAGUACUUCAAACAGCUGUUCAACAGCACCAUCGAGGGCUCUGCAGUGAGCAGCGUGCUGGAGCAGCGCCUGCAGACCCUGCUGGAGCAGACCCUGCUCUCCUCCUACACCAACGUGUCCCGCGGCCUGUUUGAGCAGCACAAGACCAUCUACAGCUUCAUGCUCUGCGUGGACAUCAUGAGGCAGCGCGGGGACGUCUCCGACGCCGAGUGGCAGCACUUCCUGAGAGGGGCGCCGCCCAUCGAUAAGCCUCAGCCAGCCAAGCCCAGCGUGCCCUGGCUGUCUGACUUCACCUGGCAGACCUGCUGUGAGCUGGAGGACACACUGCCAGUGUUCAGGGGAAUCACCCAAGAGAUCACUGCCACCCCCAUCCACAUCCAGCUAGGGCGCCUGGACGCCCAGAUCAACCCAGAGAGCUGGGAGGGCUACGUGGCAAAGCUGCCCCCCCUGGGUCCCCAGCCCCCUGACGACCAGGAGCAGGCUGGGGAGGUCCGGGGCCACUGGAACGAGAGGCUGGGGGCCUUCCAGAAGCUGGUCCUCAUCAAGAGCUUCAUGGAGGAGAAGGUGGUGUCUGCGGUGACAGAGUUUGUGAUCGUCAGCCUGGGGAAGCAGUUUGUGGAGAACCCCCCCGUGGACCUGGCCACCCUGUACAGCGACAUGUCCCCCUCCACCCCUCUGGUGUUCAUCCUCAGCACGGGCUCCGACCCCAUGGGCGCCUUCCAGCGCUUCGCCAAGGAGAGGGGCUCCCUGGACAGGGUUGAGUCCAUAUCUCUGGGUCAGGGCCAAGGCCCCAUAGCGGAGAAGAUGAUCCAGGAGGCCCUGAAAACUGGAAACUGGAUAUUCCUCCAGAACUGCCAUCUGGCUGUCUCCUGGAUGCUGGCCAUGGAGGAACUCAUCAAGACCUUCACCGAACCUGACACGUCCAUCCAUGAUGACUUCCGCCUGUUCCUCAGCUCCAUGCCCACCAAAGUGUUCCCUGUCACCGUGCUCCAGAACUCUGUCAAGGUGACCAACGAGCCUCCCAAAGGUCUCCGUGCCAACGUGCGGCGAGCCUUCACAGAGAUUACAGGCAGCUUCUUUGAGGAGCACAUCCUGGGGCGCAGGUGGAGGAAGAUCAUCUUCGGAGUCUGCUUCUUCCACGCCAUCAUCCAGGAGAGAAAGAAGUUUGGCCCACUGGGCUGGAACAUCCGCUAUGAUUUCACGGACAGCGACAGAGAGUGUGGCCUGCUCAACCUCAACCUGUACUGCCAGACAGGCAGUAUCCCAUGGGACGCCCUGGUCUACAUCACUGGUGAGAUCACGUACGGGGGCAGGGUGACAGACGCCUGGGACCAGCGCUGUCUCCGCACCAUCCUCAAAGGCUUCUUCUCCCCCGAUACUCUGGAGGAGGGCUACACCUACUCUACAUCAGGUAUCUACUAUGCCCCCGAGGCAGACAGUCUGAGUGACUACAGACAGUUCAUCGAGAGCCUGCCCAUCAUUGACGACCCAGAGAUAUUUGGCAUGCAUGAGAACGCCAACCUGGCCUUCCAGCGCCAAGAGACCAUGACUCUGAUCAACACCAUCCUGGAGGUGCAGCCUCGCUCCUCCGCCAGGGGCGGAGCCAAAAGUAAUGAUGAGAUUGUCCAUGAGCUGGCAGACUCUAUACUGGCCAAGAUACCAGAGCACCUGGACAUGGAGGAGGCUACAGAGGUCUUAUUUGUCCGGGACGCCAAAGGGCGUCUCAACUCCCUCACCACGGUCCUGGGCCAGGAAGUAGACCGCUUCAAUAACCUGCUGAGGGUGCUCAGGGUGUCUCUGUCCACGCUCCAGAAGGCCAUAGCAGUGGUGGUGAUGUCAGAGGAGAUGGAGAGAAUCUACAACAGCUUCCUCAACAACCAGGUGCCUAACCACUGGGCCAGCUCCGCCUACCCCUCACUCAAACCCCUGGGCUCCUGGGUGAGAGACCUGGCUCUCAGGACCUCCUUCAUACAGAGUUGGAUCAUACGAGGUCAGCCCAGAUCCUUUUGGAUCUCUGGACUCUUCUUUCCUCAAGGAUUCCUGACUGGGGCACUGCAGAACCAUGCCAGGAGCUACAACCUCCCCAUCGACGAGCUCAACUUCCGCUUCAACCCGGUGCCCAUCUACCGUGACCAGAACGCUGUCAGCGAGGCCAUGAGGACCCUCGCCCCCGGGGCCGAGCUAGACAUGGACGCCGAGUUGCCUGAGCCGAAGGACGGCGUGCUGGUGCACGGCAUGUUCAUGGACGCCAGCCGCUGGGACGACGAGAACAUGUUGGUGGAGGACGCCCUGCCGCGGGUGAUGAACGCCACGCUGCCCGUGUUUCACUUUGAACCGCAGCAGAACUACGUCCCUGAGCCCGACCUCUACCACGCUCCACUGUACAAGACCUCAGCCAGGGCUGGCACUCUGUCCACUACAGGUCACUCCACCAACUUCGUGGUGACCGUGAUGCUGCCGUCCAAUCGGCCGAGCGACUACUGGAUCUCUAAGGCCUCAGCCCUGCUGUGCCAGCUCAAUGAGUGACCCGUCUCCACAUCGAAUACACACACACACAGAUACACAGACAGACAAAGCACCCAUUGUAAACAGAGACUGUCUGUCUCCCUCCACAGUCCCCAAGCCGACA